GGCGCGUUCAAUUGGUAACUUUUGUGCGUUUAUCAAGUACGCUACAGCUUGCUGCAUUGAGGGAAGUUUAUGCCUUGCUGUUGAAGAAUUUCGUGAGCUAGCCAGAACAUUAUCGAAGAUGGAAAACAGGAUCAAGUUAGAGUGUCGUGGUUCGCUGCCUGAGAAGGUUCAUGAGUUGAAUUUGGACAACUGCAGGAGUACAGGGGUAUUAGAAGGGCUGACAGAUGAGUUUCUGAAUUUGGAAUUGCUGAGUAUGAUCAAUGUUGGCCUCACAACAUUAAAGAACUUUCCUAAUUUACCUAACCUUAAAAAACUCGAAUUGAGUGACAACAGAAUAUCGUCAGGCUUGAACCACCUCGCUGCAGGGUCACCAAGUCUCACACAUCUGAAUCUAAGUGGAAACAAAAUUAAAGAUUUUGCGUCGUUAGAAGCACUGCAAGACUUGGCACAUCUUAAGGCACUUGAUUUAUUUAACUGUGAGGUAACGCAAGUUGAAAAUUACAGAACUAAAGUGUUCCAAUUACUACCAAACCUAAAAUACCUGGAUGGCUUUGAUAUCAAAGAUGAAGAGUCUAUUGAUUCUGAGGAUGAAGUUGCAUCAGGGGACGAUGAUGAAGAAGAAGACGAUGAGGAAGAUGAUGUAGCAGUUGAUGAAGACUCUGAUGACGAUGUAAAUGCCGUAGACGAUGAUGAGGACGACGACGAUGAUGAUGACGAUGACGACGACGAUGAUGACGACGAUGAGGAUGAUGAUGAUGACGACGAUGAUGACGACGAUGAGGAGGAUGGUGUGGAUGGAGAAAUCUCAGAUGAAGUUGGUUUAGAGUACUUGUCAAAAGCAGAAUUACCCGAUGAUGACGACGAGGAAGAUGAUUUCAAUCCAGAUUUAGCAGAGGAUGAUGAUGAUGAAGAGGAAGAUGAUGAUGAGGAAGAAGCAGUAAAGGUUGAUGGACAGUUAGAUGAUUCAAGGGGGCAGAAGAGGAAACGAGACGUGGACGACGUGGGAGGAGAAGACGGUGAUGAGGAUUGAGGCAUUCAGAGACAAAUUCCCUAAUGUUUCCAAAGACUAUUGAAGUGUAUAUACGUGGUACAGAUCGCGGCUCCUUUGGCAUCCCACCUGUACAGAGCUCCGCAACAACGCCAAUGCCACUGAUCACCCACUCACGGGACAGUAUUUUCUGUUAUACAAUUCCCAUCUUAUGCUAGCUUCACUUCCUGAGACGUACCCCUCCCUUACACAUCGAUGAAUGCCAGAAUGUAUAGACACUUGAGGUGAAAAGCACCUUUACUUUAUACCACCUGUAGGGUGCCUUGUUAAUUAACGAAGCCAUGACUGCUUCUAAAUCUAAUAUAAAAAGCAUUUAAGUCUUCAGAACUCCAGCCAAGUAGCCUUUGCAGUCACUCUUAACAUGGUUGCCUUUAAACAAAACAUGUUGCUUUCUGCGUCUGUAUUAAUCUGUCGUCCUUGUUCCUGCGUUCUAUUAUACAACCGUACAAUUACUAAACUGCUCACAAUCAUCAGUUUAAGAAUUUGAUUUGGCAGUAUACAAUCAUAUUUUUUAAGAAAUACCUUGAGGUAUAAAUAUAGCACAAAUUUGUACCUAUAAAAUGACUUGUUGCCAAGAAGGAAUAACUUGAUUAGUAAUUUUGAGAGCGAGUUUGUACUGUAUAUUUAUUAUGAUGAAUGAGAACAACAUAAAGUUAUAAAAAUUUAGUUACACCUCUUUAACUACGUACAUGAAUUAAUUAUACAAGAAAUUAUCGUAUUGCAGUUCAGAUAUAAUUACUGUCCUCAAAUCUGCCCGUAAAGUAAGAGAUGAUUUUGUUGUUCAUCUAAAACUAUGUUGUAUUUACAAUAUUGAAGUUUAAAACCAUGGUUCUUGUUCCAGUUUGUGGAUCUGGAUAUAUAAGGCUGACAAAAAUUACAUGUAAUUCUUUUAAAAAAAUGUUCAUUGAUGCUUUGCCCUGAAUUCUUGUGGGACGGAUAAGUCUAUAAUUCGAGCAAAUGGUAUAUGAUCUCAAUUCAACAGAUUUCUUGGAAUUCUGUUGCAAUAAAUUUUUGUACAAAAGGAAAUUAUUGUAA